AUGUGGUGGACCCAAGACGGUAUCUAUCCCUUUCCUUUGAUCGACAACGGCGAGAUUCAGUGGCGUGACUUCCGGGACUCUUUGCCUAUCCUGCUUCCCGCGGCGGUGGUCACGGUAGUGAUGAGCCGUUUGCUUGCCGAGCGGAUGGACACUCCUGGUCACGACGAUACUGCACGGAUCCGCGCCGCGCUACUCGUAGGAGGAUGCUUCUUGCUCGUUCUGCACGGAACGGGCUCGGCUUUCGUGCUUGCGUACGCAGGGCUGUUCUACACCUUGGGAAGACUCCUAGCCGGCAGAGCGAUUUGCAUUCCAAUGGUCUGGCUAGCAGCAGCGCUCUGCAUCGCUGUCGCAGACCAGAGGAUCUUGCCAGAAGAGUCGAUGCAAUUUGGAUCCUUGCUGGGUCCAAGUGCUGCAUUUCUGGAUGCAGCACCAUUUACUGGUGUGUACCACUGGUCACAUUCAAUCAAGCUCAUGCUGCUUCGCUCGGUGAGCUUCGUGCUCGAUUGGCAUUGGGCACUGAGUUCAGGACGUCCUGGAGAGUGCAGAUACACGUUCCUGAGCUCGCUUACGCACCUCCUGUAUGCGCCAACCUUUCUAGCAGGACCGAUCAUUACCUUUGACGAUUUCGUGGACCAGUGCCACUCUGCAAAGCCUCCAGGGCGUCGCUUGGUUUGGUAUCUCUUGCAAUUGGUCAUAGCUCUGGCGAUGGCAGAGUCGGCUUGGCAUCUCUAUUUUCCCUUUGCCAUGGCGCGGGUGGAGCUGCUGCGGGAGAUGACGCCCCGGCUGGCUGCCGCGGCAGUGUUUCUGACCUUGAACAUGAUGUGGCUGAAGUUCCUGUGCAUGUGGAGAUUUGGCCGAGCCUGGGCCAUGGCAGAUGGAGUUUCUGUGCCGGAGAACAUGCAGCGCUGCAUGUGCAACAACUUCUCGCUGACGGGCUUCUGGCGUGGAUGGCAUUCAUCUUUCAAUCGCUGGCUGGUGAGAUAUUUGUACGUCCCACUGGGUGGUGCGCGACGAAAAGUGGCUGCAUCAGCUGCCACUUUUUUGUUCGUGGCAGCCUGGCAUGAUCUGGAGGUGAAGCUCAUGGCCUGGGGGCUCCUCAAUGUCGGCUUCCUGUGGUUGGAGGGCGCGGCGGCGGCCCGCCCGGGACCUUGGCCGCGGGCGGUCCUGGGAAUCGCAGGCAGCACAUACAUCCUCGUCCUCAUGACAGUCAACCUGAUCGGCUACUCCACCGGCCUGGCGGGCCUCGCCGCGCUGCUCCCUGCCGCGGCACAGUGGCAGGCACUCUGGGUGCUGGGGGGUGCCUACUUGACCCUCUACUGCGGCAUCCAGGUCAUGCUGGAGCUGCGGAAGUUGGAUGGGACUGCCAAGGAGAUUGUGGGCUUCGACUACUUCAACAGGCAGAAGACGCCUUACGAAAAGAUGCUUCAAAAGAAGGAGGAGGAGUGGAGGGAACACCUCGCCGAGCUGAAGGAGUACUAUGCCAAGGACCCUGAAAAGCACGAUCCGCCACACGGGACAGCGCUGGGACACUUCGUUCGGGUAAACCGAAACAGCAGGCUGCUUCCCAACGGCCUGCCUGACUGGAAGGUACGAGAGCUGGAGGCUGUGGACGGCUGGAGAUGGGAGUGA